AUGGCUACCAUCUUCAAAAGAUUCUAUACAGUUGUGGGAAAUGUGACUUUGGAUCAUGUGAGACAACAAAACGCCAAUGGAGCUCAUUGGGCCGAAAUCCUUGAUACUGCUACUAAGAGGGAAGAGAUCGCGGCAAGUAAAAUGCUAGGUUAUAACCCAGCAUUCACAAAGCUCCGGAUCCUAAGGGGCGCUCGUGCACACAAAUCCCACAGUGACCCAGACGAAACGCAAUAUGUGAUUUCCGCCCGGCUUUUGACUGAAAGGGAAACCCGCAUUAAGUCCUUGCAUGUGCGCGAGGAUGGAACCGUGAAGCCGAGUAAAUGA